CCCAGUAGUGCCACCGGUCAGUGUCCAUCAGUGCCAGCUGUCAGUUCUCAUCCAUGCCACCUACCAGUGUCAGUGUCACCUAUCAGUGCUACCAAUCAGUGCCACCUACCAGUGCCAGUCAGUGCCGCCUAUCAGUGUGCAUCAGUGCCGGUCAGUACUGCCUAUCAGUGCCGCCUAACAGUGCCAGUCAGUGCCGCCUAUCAGUGCCCAUCAGUGCCUCCUCUGUAGCCCCAGUAGUGCCACCUGUCAGUGUCCAUCAGUGCCAGCUCUCAGUGCUCAUCCAUGCCACCUGCCAGUGCCCAUCAGUGCCACAUAUCAGUGCCUACCAGUGCACAUCAAUGCCACAUAUCAGUGCCCAUCUGAGCUGCCUUUCAGUGUUACCCAUCAGU